CCCACCAUGAAGAACCGUCUGGGUACAUGGGGGCUGGCCAUCCUCUGCCUGCUGCUUGCUAGCCACCUCUCCACGGUUAAGGCCAGGGGCAUAAAGCAUAGGUUCAAGUGGAACCGGAAGGUCCUGCCCAGCAGCGGCCAGAUUACCGAAGCCCAGGUGGCUGAGAACCGCCCAGGAGCCUUCAUCAAGCAAGGCCGGAAGCUGGACAUCGACUUCGGAGCAGAGGGCAACAAGUACUAUGCGGCCAACUACUGGCAGUUCCCUGAUGGGAUCUACUACGAAGGCUGCUCUGAAGCCAACGUGACCAAGGAGAUGCUGGUGACCCGCUGCGUCAACGCCACCCAGGCGGCCAAUCAGGCUGAGUUCUCCCGGGAGAAGCAGGAUAGCAAGCUCCACCAGCGAGUCCUGUGGCGGGUGAUCAAAGAGAUCUGUUCCACCAAGCACUGCGAUUUCUGGCUGGAAAGGGGAGCGGCGCUGCGAAUCACCGUGGACCAACAGGCGAUGGUCUGCCUGCUGGGUUUCAUUUGGUUUAUUGUGAAGUAAACAGCAAUGAAACUGGCAGCCACAGAGAAAGGAAUUUAUGUAGCCCAGGUUGGCCCCAAACUCAUGAUCUUCUGGCCCCUGCCUCCUGAAUGCCGGGAUUACAGACAUAGCACCAAGCCCGAUGUGUGUUUACUGCUGAAGUCCCCUGGCCCUAUGUGCAUGCGUGUUCUUAGACAUCUGUGACGCUUGCUUUGCACAGGACUCUCUGCAAUCACUAUCCGUUUUUAAAACCUCUUUGGUAAGAGCUAAUCUCUGUGAAUCAUUUAACACUCCAAAAAUAUAGUUAUUGGCCAAAAGGCUGAAGAGAAAUGACACCUUUAGAGAGACCCAAUAACAAAUCGAUAUGCCACUUUGUGGAUUUAAAUGUGUAUUAAACUAUGAGUGCUACUUGAAUGUUUAAAAAUCUUUUAAGAUUCUUCUGCAGGCUUUCCUCACCUUUCAGGACCCCAGAAGUUGCUGAACUGAACGGUUCUGGAGAUAACCGCUGCUGGUUGUAGUCUCUUGUAAAAGGAACAUCUGCCAGGGGGGUCGGGUAUUGUCAAAGGAGUCAUCUGCAACGUUCCAGAACACGAGUGCUGAUAACAGUACCUCACGAGCCGAGUUCCCAGUGCUAUCAGUUCUCCUCAAGGACACCUCUGGGAAGCUUCACAUGGUAAAGGGACAUGAAGCAGGGCAGCCCAAGGAUUCACAGCCUUCCCCUGGAACCUGUACCACUGGACAGACAGCCCCUGAAAACCAACCUGCUACAGUACUCCACUGCCGCCAAGACACGCCCCCUCGGCUUACUGUCUACUAAUUCUACAGCAGAGGGCGGGGAGAAGCCCAGAACACACAGUUUAUCCCUUGCAUGUCAUUUUAAAUAUCAGGCAAGAAAGAAGGAAUAGUUCUUAGAUGGUGAUGUUGUCGUUUCAGCUCCAGGCUUAAGGCUUAGUUUCCAGGGCGCACAAAGCCGUGGACAGCCAACUUCCUUCUGGCGAGAAAAUGCUUAGGCUGGACAGAGUCCAUGCUCCACGAUUGCCGUGUUCUCUCCGACUAUUGGUCGUCUCUGCCCACGAACUAACUGCGACAGCCAAUAAGUGUCAGUGUGAUUUGACUACCAAAUUCGCUUAUUUCGUUUUGUUUUUUUUAUUUAAGCAGGGAUGUUCUUGCUUACUUACUUACGGAUCAGGAGGGGGUUUCUUAGCCCUUCUAAGAGUUCCUGAGCUAAAACGCGUGCUCUGUAGAACUGCACGCAAACUGACAGCCGAGUAAAAGGGGGCGGGGCUGCAAUUCCUGCGUCUGAUUGGUCACGAAGUUUUCACCUCUCCAGACUCCCCACUCCUUUACUCAUUUGCAACUGCAAAUGUAGCAAUUUGCAAUCCUAAUACAGGGCCAGAACGCUGGGUACCUUAAAGCUUUACUUGACAUCAUUUAGUGCUUUCUGUCCAUUUUUUAAUGACUUUUGUUUUCUUGUUUCUUUAACCCUAUCCCCUCCUUCUACCCUAGUAUGAGACCCGUACCCCUUUACUGUGUCUAAAUAUAAAGACGAGGGUUUUAAUUUUGUUUCAUUACAACCUUUAAAAUACAAAGAGCACUAUGUUUGUUUCUCUGCGGCUUGUAUUCCUGACUUCAUGGAAUACCAUUACACUCUCUGGAUCGGUAACCAGGUAACAUCUAACUAGUCCUUUUAGAUGACCAUGAAAUAUUCCACAGGACAGAUGCACUUCGAGUGACUUAGCAAUUUCCUUGUUGACAGAUUCUCAGAUUGUUCUUAUCCUGCAAACAAUAAACACCCGUAAACAAACA